CAACAGCAGCAGCUUCAACAGCAGCAGCAGCAGCAACAGCAGCAACAGCAACAACAACAACAACAACAACAACAACAGCAACAGCAGCAACAGCAACAACAACAACAGCUGCUGCAACCGCAGCUCCAGUCACCUCAACAAGCCAAUCAAAUGCAUCCCGUAGGUUUGCCAUCCGGCGUUGCCGCUUCAAUGGCUGGCGCAGUUGGUACUGGACCGAAUCAACAAAUGAAUGCCCUCAACAAUGCGGCACCAAUUAUAGGAUCGCCACUAGUUAUGCAACGAACAGUAUCCAAUGGAAGCACUGGAAAUGCCGUACCUAAUGCUGGCGCACCCCCAGGAACGCCAACGAUGGCUCAAGCUCAGUUGCAACAACAGCAGCAGCAAAGGAUGGCGGCACUCAACAACCAACAACAGCAGCAGCGACAGCAACAGCUGCUACUACAGCAACAGAUGCAACAGAGGAUCCAGCAACAGCAACUGCAACUGCAGCAAGCCAAGAUGGGGCAGGCUCAGCAGGCAUCCCCAUCGCUGGCUGCAGCUGGUCUCGUCGGCGGAGUCGCGAGCACUCAGGAUGCAAGCGGUCUGCCAAACGUUGUUCAGAAUAGCAAUAUCCCUAUCAGCAACAUAAGUUCGGCUCCAAAUAUGGGCGUGAGCGGUAUGAUGUCCCCGAAUAUGAAUCCGGGCAUAGUCAACACACUGCAGGCAGCUGGGGCACCGAAUACACUACAGCAGCAACGGCAACAGCAGCAGCAAGAGGCUCUGAAGGUUAUUCUGGCAACGUUCCAAAAGAACCAGCAGAUGGCGGCUGGUAGAGGCAAUGGAGGCCCCGCUGCUCUUGCAACUCUCGCAACUCAUUUGGCCAGCAUUGGGAUGUUCGCUCCACAGCAACCGACGCCGCAACUUUUACAGAUUUUAAACGGUGCAGGAAUCUCCAUGGCUCAGUUCAAUCAAGUCAAGACGUUUCACUUGCAUAGACUGCAGGCCCAACAACAACAACAGCAACAACAGCAACAGCAACAACAACAGCAGCAGCAGCAGCAGCUUCAACUGCAACAGGCACAGCAGGCACAGCAGGUUCAACAGCAACAAAACCAACAGCAGCAGAACCAGCAACAGCAGCAGCCGCAACAACAAUCACAGCAGCCUCAACUGCAGCAACAGCCACAGCAAUCACAGCAGCCUCAGCAACAGGCGCAGGUUCAACAACAGCUACAGCAUCAGCAGAACCCAUUGACAAGUCCGAUCCCGCAAAGCGGCGCCAUUGGAACGCCUGUUAUGAGAGCAGCUUCCGUCUCAGCUGGAAGUGUGGCUGGUUCCCCUAAGCCUGGCGCGAUGCAGGUACCUCAGUUCGCCUCACCGAUCCAGGCGCCUGCGAGUGUGAACGUGGGAGGCAUACCCGUCUCUGGAGCUUUGCAAGGCGCCUCUCUCAAUUCGCCCAUGGCUGGUGCACAUCUUGUAGCCGGACAGGGUGCUCUAGCAACUGGAGCUGUUGGUGGCGGCAACACCGGCCAGGCCGUUAGUGCGAAUGCAAAUAUGACAUUAGGCACCAACAAUGCCUCUAACACUGGAGCGCAAGCAGGAGCAACAGCAGGAACUGUUGGGGCUGCAGGUGCGAAUACUGUGGCAGGAGGCGGCAAUGUCAACACUCCUAAUAAUGCCAUGGCCAACGUCAACAACAGUAACGCAAAUGCCAACAGUCCCAGCAUUAGCAAUAAUAGCAUUAAUAACAACGGCCUUGGUACUAUGUCUGCCACCGCAAUGUCACUCGCACAGCAAACGGCUGUUCAAUCAGUAGUGGCGAUGCAACGGCAGCUACAGAAUCUUCAGAACCAGCAGACCAUGGCCAAUCAACACCAGCAACAACAACUCCAGCAGAUCGCGCAGUUUGUGCAGAGUCCCGCUUCUGGUCUGGAUGCAGCAACUGCACAAAAAAGACAGCAGGCACUCAACGCUCAGUUCCAGCAGCAGCGUAUGGUUCUUCAGCAGCAGUAUGCCAUAAUGCAAUCGAAACAGCAACAAACUAUGGAGGGACUUAAGGCUGCAGGAGUAACGACAGAGAUGAUGAAAGACCUGAUGGCCAGAACACCAACGAUUCCGAAUCAGCAAGCCAUCCAGGCAGCUCAGCAAGUGACUCAGCAGGCAGGUCUUCAGGCAGCGCAUCAAGUUGCGGCGGCAAUGAGCAUGAACCGCGCCAAUGCGGCGAACGCUAUGGCAGCCAAUGCAGGAACGAAUGUGAACGUGGCGAAUGCUUCCGCAGCGGGCACUAGUCCCAAUUUGCUGGGCGCUACCAACUUGAACACAGCGGCAUUGCUCAACAAUAAUCCAGCGGCAAUGAAUCUCAACUUGCCAGGAGCGAAUGGCGCCUUGACCAAUAAUUUGGCAGGCAUGAAGAUGGGCAUAGGGCGUGGCCGGGGUAUGAUGUUGCCUAACAGCGGAGCUCUUGGUGGUGUGAAUGCUGCGGCGGCUGGCUUGGGCCGUGGAGCUAUGAUGGGAGGCGUUGCAGGAGUCACAGGAGUUGCAGGAGCCCUUGGUCGCGGAAACCCCUUACAAGGAGCCAUGUCCCAGGCUGGCGUGAACGGUCUAGGAGGACCUCUUAUGACCGGUCAACUUAGCAAUGUUGGCACUGGGGCGACGGCGGCGGUAAGCGCAGUACCGGGCAUCUCAGGAGUGAUGGCGAAUGCGUCUGGAGUCGGCAUGGGCACUGUCGCAGCCAAUGCGAAUCCAGCAACAUCUGGUAUUACUGCAGUAGGUGGAGCAACGACAACAACGUCGGCAGCCCUUCAGAGCAUGACCGGUAUUGCAGGGCUCACAGUCGGAAUCUCGCCCACGACGGGUCAGCAAGUGAUCAUGCUCCCCAAUGGACGGUCGAUAACCCCACAGCAGUUUCAACAGAUUCAGCAGCAACGACAGCAAGCCCUUCUUGCUCAACAGCAGCAGCAGCAGCUGAUGCAGAUGCAGCUCCAGCAGCAGCUUCAACAACAACAGGGUCAACAACAGGGUCAGCAGUUAGAGCAACAGCAAGCACAACAGCAACAACCAGGACAGCAGCAACAACAAGGACAGACGGGUAAUAAUCUCAACAAUGGAACCGGUGGACCGCAGCUGCAGUCGCCUGUAUUACAAUCCCCACGGCUACAGUCUCCAAGGAUGGCGAUUCAAUCCCCGAGGCAACAGAAUCCACAGUUGAAUCAACAACACCAGCAACAGCAGCAACAGAACUUACUCCAGAGCCCGCAAUUGCAGGCACAGCAGUUGAUGAUGAUGCAGAUGCACCAACAACAGCUCCAGCAGGCCCAGUUGCAGCAACAGCAGCAACAACAGCAGCACAACAUGCAGUCGACAUCGUCGCUCUUGGCGCAGGCUGCCGCUGCACAGGCUGCUGCUCAGGUUGCUGCUACAUCGAAUGCUGGAGGCGACUUGAACGGCGGCGCUGGAGGCAAUGAUGGUACAGGAGAUCUCAAUGGAGGAGGCGGAGGGGUCGGCGGUACAGGGGUUGGAUUGUUGUAAUAUCUUUAAUGUGUCUUUUAUUUUUAUUAUGAUGGUAGUUUUAUUAGUAGUAUUCUUUCAUUCCGUUUAUUCGCAUUCACGAAGAGGUAGCCUUGGGG